AUGUCUCCUCCGAAAGAUAUUGUCGGAGGCAUUAGCAAUCUCACCAGACAGGUGUCGAACAGCCUCAACUUGAGCACCAGUCCGACGCUUUCUUUCCACAGUCCGCCGUCCAGCUUCCGACAACCUCCCUCGCACCCCGGCUUCAAAGACGCCAGGUCAGGCAGCUUUCAUGGCGGCUCGGCACGAACCGCUGCAAAGCAGCUAAAGCCGUUCGAUACUAAGGAUAUCAAGGUUUUGCUGCUGGAGAAUGUGAAUGCGACCGGGGUGAAUAUCCUCACGGAGCAAGGAUAUCAGGUCGAAGCGCUCAAGAGCAGCUUGCCCGAGGAUCAAUUGAUCGAAAAGAUUCGGGAUGUGCAUGUCAUUGGUAUUCGCUCCAAGACGAAGCUCACAGCGAGAGUGCUGAAGGAGGCGCGGAAUCUCAUCGUCAUCGGCUGCUUCUGCAUCGGCACGAACCAAGUAGACCUCUCAUUCGCCGCACAGCAAGGAAUCGCCGUCUUCAACUCGCCGUUCAGCAACUCCCGCUCCGUCGCCGAGCUCGUCGUCUCCGAGAUCAUUGCCCUCGCUCGCCAGCUUACCGACCGCUCAAUGGAGCUACACAAUGGGACAUGGAACAAAGUGAGCAAGGGGUGCUGGGAAAUCCGCGGCAAGACGCUGGGCAUUGUCGGCUAUGGACACAUUGGUAGCCAGCUAUCAGUGUUGGCGGAAGCAAUGGGAAUGGAAGUCAUUUACUAUGAUAUUCUGAACCUCAUGGGCUUGGGAACGGCGAAACAGGUGCCCACGCUGGACGCCCUGCUGGAUCAGGCGGAUUUUGUGACACUCCACGUCCCUGAAACCCCGGAGACGAAGAACAUGAUCUCGAGCGAGGAGCUGGAGAAGAUGAAGAAGGGAGCAUACCUGAUCAACAACGCUCGAGGCAGCGUAAUGGACAUUCCCGCUCUGAUCGAAGCCAUGCGCAGUGGAAAGAUCGCCGGUGCAGCUCUCGACGUCUACCCGAACGAGCCCGCGGGCAAUGGCGAUUAUUUCAACUCCGAUUUGAAUACGUGGACUCAGGAUCUGCGUGGACUGAAGAACCUCAUCCUCACUCCGCACAUUGGUGGAAGCACGGAGGAGGCACAGAGUGCGAUCGGUGUCGAGGUUAGCGUCGCUUUGACGAAAUAUGUGAAUGAGGGCUCCACGCUCGGCGCGGUCAACAUGCCGGAGGUCAAUCUGCGCAGCCUGACGCUGGAUGAGCCCAACUGCGUGCGCGUGGUAUACAUCCAUAAGAACGUUCCUGGUGUGCUGCGACAGGUUAACGCUGUGCUCCACCAUCACAAUAUCGACAAGCAGAGUUCGGAUUCCAGAGGAGAGGUCGCCUACCUCAUGGCGGAUGUGAGCGAUGUCAAGGAGGAAGAGAUCAAGGAUCUGUUCCAGAGCUUAGAGGAGCUCUCAUCGCGCAUCCGGACUAGGAUGCUGUACUAA